CAGCCUCGAACCCGCAGCGUCUCUGUUUCCGUCCGUUCCACCUCCUUCCGCGCAUGCGCAGCACCGCCCCAUGGCGCUGUGCUGCGGUGUGAGGCGACAAGAUGGCGGGGCGGCCUAUGCAAGCAGCGCGAUGUCCCACUGAUGAGCUGUCAUUAACAAACUGUGCUGUGGUGAAUGAGGCUGACUUCCCUUCUGGACAACAUGUUGUUGUGAAGACUUCUCCCAAUCACAAAUACAUCUUCACUCUGAGAACUCAUCCCUCUGUUGUUCCUGGCAACAUCGCCUUCAGCUUGCCGCAGAGAAAAUGGGCUGGACUUUCCAUAGGACAAGAGAUAGACGUUUCCCUGUACACUUUUGACAAGUCUAAGCAGUGUAUUGGCACAAUGACGAUUGAGAUUGACUUUCUGCAGAAGAAGAACAUUGAUUCCAACCCGUACGACACAGACAAGAUGGCUGCUGAGUUCAUCCAGCAGUUCAACAGCCAGGCAUUCUCUGUAGGGCAGCAGCUUGUGUUCAGUUUUAAUGACAAGCUUUUCGGCCUGUUAGUAAAGUCCAUGGAAGGAAUGGAUCCCAGCAUCCUCAAAGGAGAGUCUGGAGGAAGCAAAAAACAGAAGAUUGAGGUGGGUUUGGUUUUUGGAAACAGCCAAGUGGCCUUUGAAAAAGCUGAGAAUUCCUCUCUCAAUCUGAUUGGUAAAUCAAAGACCAAAGAGAACCGCCAGUCCAUCAUCAACCCAGACUGGAAUUUUGAGAAAAUGGGCAUUGGGGGCCUUGACAAAGAGUUCUCAGAUAUUUUCCGACGAGCUUUUGCUUCUCGAGUUUUUCCACCUGAAAUUGUGGAGCAAAUGGGCUGCAAGCAUGUGAAAGGCAUUCUGCUAUAUGGACCUCCAGGCUGUGGUAAAACACUUAUGGCCAGACAGAUUGGCAAGAUGCUGAAUGCCAGAGAACCAAAAGUGGUCAACGGGCCAGAAAUCCUCAAUAAAUACGUGGGCGAGUCUGAGGCCAACAUCCGCAAGCUGUUUGCUGAUGCAGAAGAGGAACAAAGAAGGCUUGGAGCAAACAGUGGUGUUCAUAUCAUCAUUUUCGAUGAGAUUGAUGCAAUCUGCAAGCAGCGAGGCAGCAUGGCGGGGAGCACUGGAGUUCAUGAUACCGUUGUCAACCAGCUGCUGUCUAAAAUUGAUGGAGUAGAGCAACUCAAUAACAUCCUGGUGAUUGGAAUGACCAACAGACCUGACCUGAUUGAUGAAGCUCUGCUGAGACCGGGCAGACUGGAGGUGAAGAUGGAGAUUGGUUUGCCAGAUGAGAAGGGUCGAUUCCAGAUUCUCCAUAUCCACACGGUACGGAUGAGGGAGCACCAGCUGCUGGCUGAAGAUGUGGACAUUGCAGAACUGGCAGUGGAGACAAAAAACUUCAGUGGUGCUGAAUUAGAAGGUUUAGUUCGAGCUGCUCAGUCUACUGCAAUGAACAGACAUAUCAAGGCCAGCAACAAAGUGGAAGUAGACAUGGAGAAAGCAGAAAGCUUACGUGUGACAAGAGGAGACUUCUUUGCAUCCUUGGAGAAUGAUAUCAAACCAGCAUUUGGAACCAACCAGGAGGACUAUGCAAGUUAUAUCAUGAAUGGCAUUAUUAAGUGGGGGGACCCAGUAACGAGGGUGUUGGAUGAUGGGGAGCUGCUUGUUCAGCAAACCAAGAACAGUGACCGUACUCCGCUGGUCAGCGUUCUUCUAGAAGGUCCCCCACACAGUGGGAAGACUGCUUUAGCAGCAAAGAUAGCUGAGGAAUCCAACUUCCCUUUCAUCAAGAUCUGUUCUCCUGAUAAGAUGAUUGGAUUUUCAGAAACAGCCAAGUGCCAGGCAAUGAAGAAGAUCUUUGAUGAUGCAUACAAGUCCCAGCUCAGCUGCGUCGUUGUGGAUGACAUUGAGAGACUUCUAGAUUAUGUUCCAAUCGGACCACGGUUUUCUAAUCUGGUGUUGCAAGCCCUUCUUGUGCUGCUGAAGAAGGCCCCCCCUCAGGGUCGCAAGCUCCUGAUCAUUGGAACCACCAGUCGCAAAGAUGUCCUGCAGGAAAUGGAAAUGUUGAAUGCUUUCAGCACCACGAUCCAUGUACCCAACAUUGCGACAGGGGAACAGCUGAUGGAAGCUUUGGAGCUCCUGGGUAACUUUAAAGAUAAGGAACGCAGCACCAUUGCACAGAACGUCAAGGGGAAAUCUGUUUGGAUCGGUAUCAAGAAGCUGCUGAUGCUGAUAGAAAUGUCAUUACAAAUGGAUCCUGAGUAUCGGGUGAAAAAAUUCUUGGCUCUUCUGAGAGAAGAAGGAACAGUUCCCUAGACUGAAGAUGGACCAAGUGCAAGAUCAGCAGCUGGAAAAGUGACCAACCUGGAGAACAUACACUGGGAUCUUUACCCUUCUGUGUUCAACACACUGGACAAAGUGAAACGCUCCCCUUUUUCCAAGAACCCAAUGUGGAAUUUGCAUGUUUAGUGCAAUACAGUAUCUUUAUUCUUUGUCUUUAAUAUACAGAUAUCACGUGGAAGUGUCUUCUAGAACACUGUGCUUCUGUCUCUGUGCAGGCGAGGCUGCGUUCUCAUUUGAUUUUAGCAUGGGGGAAAUGUUCUGUAAGUUUUGAAGCUAGUGCUCACUUAUGUCCAGCAUCCAGUUACUACUAUAGGAAAGAAGAUGUGACUUCUAGUAAAUCCUGUGGUGAAGGCUUAUUAAAGUACUCCUCUGUGAUCUGAUCUGAUGAAUGCUUUCUUGUUCGGUUGUGUCACCCUGUGCCUCACUGAACGCUGAGCAGGGCUGCUAACCCAGAGUCAGUGACCACAGUAAUGAGACUCCAGAAUUUCCAAAAUGCAAACAGCCAUUUCCUUGUAUGCCCAGGUGUUUUCUGGCUAAUGAUAAUAAGGACUGGAAGAAGGUGGGGAAGUUUGUUGGUCAGAACAGAGGAAAAAACUUCCGAAUCCAGUAUUUGAAACUUGUUCUUAAUUCAGAAACAGGCUCAGUGGUGGUGACUCCAGCCCGAACGCUCUGUAUUAGUACCUGGAUGUGACGGUUUUGGCAUUAGUUGGCCUCACUACAUCCCAUUUUUUGCUGCAUUACCCCAGGAUGCAGUUCCUCCUUGGAGGUGAAGCCGAGCUCUGUGGAUGCACGAGGUGUGCACUGCCAUGGUUUUGCACUCAAACUAAGGAAUGUAUCAAACUUUGCUUUGUGGUCUUUCCCCAAUAGUCGUUUUGCAUCAAUGAGGUGCUGUUAUGAUGACUGCAGGAGGAUACUCCCCUCUGGUUCCUUGGCUCCACAUGUUUCAUAAGGUUCGUGGAACAUACCUCAAUUUGGUGGGGCACAGAAUCAAAGCCAUUUAUGAGGUGUUAGUCAGUGUAGCUUCCUUGACUUGACAGGACAUGCUGUUAAGGGCUAGCAGCUUGUAUCCAGCGGGGUGUUCCCAGGGAAGGAGGGUGCUUUGCAUAUUUUCAGGCCCAAAGGUGAAGGUACUGCAGUCCUUAUUGCAUAUUUAGGGCAGUCAGAGUGUUUUAGUCACUGCGCUCUGGUUUCUUUUCCUUUGGCAGUGCUGUUGUAUUGUGAUGACAUUGCGAGUCCCAGUGGUUAUUCUUCCCUCUCAUUUUGUGUAUGAUCUUGUGACUUUGUUCCUUUCUUUGCUCUGCUAGUCCUCGUGACAGCAGCACUCGUUAACUUAUUUCAGAGUAAAUGAUGUAAACCUUAUUGUGUCUAUGUCCAGAGCUAUAUUGAUGAAUAAAUAUCUUGUUCAAUUGCACAUUGAUGGAUUCAAUAAAAAAGCACAACUGGGAGA